UCCCUCUUUGAGUGACACUGUAAGUAACUCCUCCCCUCCGGGUCCCCUCUGCUCCUGCCUCUCCUCUCUGUGUCGUCUCCUCUGCCACUUGGUCUUCAUCUGCUCUGAGUGUUAGUGAAGCUGCUGAGAGACGCUGCAACCAUGGCUGCUACUGGGACUUUCCGCAUGGUGUCUGAGGAGGAGCAGGCCAUGAGGUCCAAGCUGGAGCAUUUGACGGUGAAGGAUCACGGGCCGGUGUUUGGACCGUGCACCAAGCUGCCGGGCCACACUGUGCAAAAGGCGAAAGAUGAGCUGAAUGAGACAGAUGAGAGGCGAGCGUCUUCACUGAAAGAGCUGCGGCUCUUGAUCAAGGAGAGGGCGGGCGAGGGAGACGACCUGGCCAAACUGGUGCUGGAGCGCUUUGGGGACAAACCCGAUUCUCUGCUGCUGCGUUUCCUCAGGGCCCGCAAGUUUGAUGUCGUUAGAGCCCACGAGCUCAUGAAAGGUUAUGUGCGCUUCAGGAAGGAGUACCCCGAGCUGUUUGAGAACCUGACCCCUGAGGCAGUCCGCAGCACCAUUGAAGCGGGAUACCCGGUGGUCCUGCCCACCAGAGACAGGUUCGGACGAGUCGUCCUGCUCUUCAACAUCGAGAACUGGGACCUGGAGGAGAUCACCUUCGAUGAGACCUUAAGGGCAUACUGCGUGAUCCUGGAGAAGCUGCUUGAGAAUGAAGAGACGCAGAUCAAUGGCUUUGUCCUGAUCGAGAAUUUCAAGGGCUUCACCAUGCAGCACGCCUCGGGGAUCAAGCCUACUGAGCUCAAGAAGAUGGUGGACAUGCUGCAGGAUUCCUUCCCGGCCCGUUUCAAGGCGGUCCACGUCACUCACCAGCCUUGGUACUUCACCACCACCUACAAUGUGGUGAAGCCCUUCAUGAAGAGCAAGCUGUUGGAGAGGGUGUUUGUUCACGGCGACGAGUUGGAUGGCUACUUCAAGGACUUUGACGCAGACAUCCUGCCUGCAGAUUUUGACGGGAAAGCUUCUGUUGCUGACUACAAGGCCAUCGCCACCAUGCUUUUUGGCUCAGAGGACACGGCUCUCUAAAUUCGCUCUCCAAACAAGCAGGCUGGAAAAGCGCCCGGCUCACUCCAAAACCAAGAGCUAUAGUGUCCUUCACCCUAGAUGCUUCUUUUGUGAUCAGAUCAGAUUUGAGAUCCUUUUUGAAGCUAGGUUGACGUUUAAAUUGUAUUUCAGGCAGUUCGUUUCAGGGCAGAAAGAAGUAUCUAGAGUUAGGAGCAAGGAAUGAUUUGCAAGUGGGUAAUAGUGAUUUAAAUGGGACAGGAAAAUGAUGUUUAGAAAACUCAGAGAGAAAAAAUGAUCAGACUUUAAGCUUGUGUGUCAUGAUUUUAGCUCCUCCACAUGAUUGUAUUCCCUCUCCCUCUGUGCAAGCAGAGAAAGAGAGAGAGAGGGAGAGAGAGAGAGAGAGAGAGAGAGAGUUGGUAAAGCGAUGGCCAAGCUCACAACCAGAAUAAGAUCAAGAUGGAGUUUGGUGGGUUUUUUGCCUUAAUUUUUUUUUCAAUGCCAUCUCCUGAGAGCAGCCUUGUACCUACAGUCCUGUCAGUGAAGGAAAUGUUACAGUAGGGAUCCUGUAUAUUACAGUAUCAGGUGUGAAUUGUAGAAUGGGUUGAAGGAAAUAUAUAAUGGAUAAGCAUGUAUUAGAUUAUUCUAGAAAUAUCAGACAAGCCAAUCUCCUGAUGCAGUGCCAUGAAAAAAGUACUGUUUUGUCUCUAAACAGCCUUGUGUCAAUAUCUGCAAAUACUAAGUGUGACACUCAGAUGCAUGUCUUACCAUGAAAAUGUUACAGUUUGCAUUGGAUCUUUUUUUAUUUGUACACCAGCAUUGUGGUCAAUUGUGAUACUACCAGUAAUUUAGUUUCAGAAAUGUAUUUUCAAUAAAAUAGGACUUUUUGUCUGUCUGUAGUUU